CUUCAUACAGUUGGGGCUGAGGCUGAUGAUGAUAGGAUUCAGCUCCUUUUGUCGGAGGUCAAGGGUAAGGAUAUAACAGAGCUCAUUGCAUCUGGACGGGAGAAGUUGGCAUCAGUUCCUUCUGGUGGCGGUGGUGCUGUUGCAGUGAUCUCAUAUGGUGGUGGUACUGCUGCAGCAGCUCCAGCAGCAGCUGAGCCCAAGAAAGAGGAAAAGGUGGAAGACAAAGAGGAGUCAGAUGAUGAUAUGGGCUUCAGUCUUUUUGACUAAAGGGUUCAGAUUCCUUCUUUCCUCCACAAUUCAGAGUAAUGUAUGCUUGAACUUUUUGUUAUGCAGAGUGACUGUAGUUUUUGGUUUUUUAUUUGGUAGAAAAAAGCUUGGCAAA